AAUCAUGAAUGGAGUUGAUUAACAAUUAACUUCAUCUUCAGUUAUUAUUAUUGUUUCAUCAAGAUCAACAUUAAUAAAACUAAUCAAAGACAAAGUUUGUUGAUAAAUACAUCACAAUUUAAAAAUAGUUGAUAACAAUUAACCAAAUAGUAACUAAAACAAUUAAAUUAAUUUGAUUCCUAACAAUUUACAACAACAACAAAAAACUCAUUCAACUUAUUAUGUUUGUAUAAAUUUUGGUAUCGAGUUCAAUAUUAUUUAUAUAUACUAAUUAACUAAUCAUCUUAAAUUGUCAUGUCAACAAUGAUUGAGAAAAUUUUUCGUGCCCUUUGUCACCUUAAGGUUGAUGUUUAUUACUUAUUGUGUAUGUUGCCCUUUGCCCUGCCCAUGGUCACUUUCACCCAGUUUGCUCAGGACAAGUAUUGUCUCAAUGAACACAAUUUGGACUGGUCAGUCUGUAAAGAUUUAGCUGAAUUAAGUGACCCCCAGUUUGAAUCAACCAAAAAUUCAGUCCUACAAUCAGUGACCACCCUGAAAAAUUUACAAAUCAUCACAACCACAGCACCCGGUAUAUUAUACCCUCUAUUUUUGGGCUAUUGGAUUGACACUUAUCCUAAUCAUUUACAUGGUUUACUAAUUGUCGCUCCAAUUGGCGGAUUAGUAGCGAAUCUCAUUUGCUGUUAUAAUUGUAUACAAUUUGAUUUAGCACCAACGACAAUCUUAUAUUCAUACAUAUUGGAGGGAUUACUUGGUGGAUUGACCGUUCCAAUGACCGGUUGUUAUACAAUAAUCACUCGAACGACCCCAGGCCACUUAAGGUCACUUCGAUUUGCCGUCAUGGAGUUUUUUAUAUCGUUAUCUCCUUCCAUUGCAACUGUCGCCGGUGGUAAAUUGUUAACAAUGAAACCUUGGUUUCCUAAUCAGUACCGUAAUUAUGUUGCCGUUUUUGGAUUAACGUCUCUUUUGUGGGGAUUAGCGUCACUUUGGGCAUUGAUAUUUAUGAGAGAUGCCGGUAAAUGUUCAAUUGAACGAUCACUUUCAGAUGAACUUGACUCGCAGAAAAAUCCAGCGAUUAGUCGUCAAGUAGAGAUGAGAUUAUCGAUUCGUUCAUUGGAACGACCUUCAAUCCGAGUUUCAUCACCAGUGGAUAAAAAGAUGGGAUUAUUUUCCGUUUUAGCCGAUAUAUUUAAUCCGAAAAGUGUGACAACCAUGUUGAAAACUUGCUGUCGUAAACGUGAUAACAAUGGACGUGCACAGAUUUGGCAUCUAAUUGCAAUGAUGACCGUUGUCCUAAUUGCAAUGAGAGGUGAAGAUCCAAUCGGCUAUCAAUUCUGUCAAAAAGUACUCAACUGGUCAGCAGAUGAAUACGCUGACCGUUAUGCUAUACUUUCCCUUGCACCACCAUUAGGAACAACUUUGGCCACCUUAAUAUUGGUUCCAACGUUAAAAUUAAGUGAUACCGUUUUUGGUAUAAUGGGAUCACUUUCAUUGGUCAUCUCGUUGACCAUCAAAGGAGCUCUAUUAACCUCUUUAGGUUAUUAUUUAGCUUUUGCAACAAGCAUCUUCUCAGGAUUAGCUUCAAUCUCAGUGAGAUCAAUUUUAUCAAGGAUAAUCGCUCCCAAUGAAGUUGGUCAACUUUAUUGUCUACUCUCUUGUAUUGAAGGAGCUGGACCAAUGAUUUCAUCAAUCUUUCACACCGCCGUCUUUAAGGCAACCCUUGCCGUCUUACCUGGAAUGGCCUGGCAUUCAGAUGCCAUUAUAAUGUUAUAUCCACUUGCGAUUUACAUUUGGUUUGAUUUGACCAGAUCGAAAUGGGACAAAAUGUACAAAUUGAAACAAUCGAGGAAACCAAAGAAACCACAACUCGAACCCUCCAAUAGGACCAUAAGUAAGGACAAUAUUAUCGCUCCAAUUCAACAACAACCUUUAGAUAAUAAUGUUAAUAGAAUUGCAAUAAUUAAUAUAACAUCAACUGAGAAUUCAAUGGAAAUGGAAUCCAGAACAACAUCAAUUAAUCAUUAGAAAAAUUAAUCGCAAUCAUAAUAACAAUUUAUUCAACGAUUGUUCAAUUGUAAAUAAUUAUUAUAUUUUCCUCUCUCUUCUCCUUGCAAGUUAAUCCUUAAUUAUAAAGCUUAAUUUACUAAA